CGAUAACGUUAUGAGGAAAGGGGUUUAUUGGAUACAUGUGUCCUUUCUUUCUGCGAACGUUUUUGUGGUGGCUAGUUUUCAGGCCUUAUGUACUGGUAUCGGGUAAUGGGGUAUAAAUUUUUAUCUCGACCUGGCAACCCUGACUCCAUUAGUAGUCUGCCUGGCCGGCAUUGGAUGCUGGUGAUUUUUCUGUGAACAUCUACAUUAAAACAUCAACACGUUUUACGCGAUGAGAGGCGAUAGGGGCAGGGGCCGGGGUGGCCGGUUCGGGUCACGCAGUGGACUGGUGCAAGGGUAUCGGCCAUUUGUCCCCCACAUUCCCUUUGACUUCUAUGUGUGUGAGAUGGCCUUCCCCAGAGUGAAGGCAGCAGCGGAUGAGACUGCCUUCAGCGAGUGUCUGCUGAAGAGGAACCAGGACCUCAGCCCCACACCCGCAGAGCAGUCCUCUAUCUUGUCCCUGGUCACCAAGAUCAACAACGUCAUCGACAACCUCAUCGUCGCCCCCGGCAACUUUGAAGUGCAAAUUGAAGAGGUACGUCAGGUGGGCUCAUACAAGAAAGGCACCAUGACAACGGGACACAAUGUCGCUGACCUGGUGGUCAUCCUCAAGAUCUUGCCCACGCUGGAGGCUGUCGCGGCUCUCGGCAACAAAGUGGUGGAGACCCUUCGCACACAAGACCCUGCUGAAGUUCUCUCCAUGCUGACGAAUGAGACAGGUUUUGAGAUAAGCUCUGCCGAUGCAACAGUGAAAAUCCUCAUCACCACUGUUCCCCCCAACCUGCGCAAGCUGGACCCCGAACUGCACUUGGACAUCAAGGUGCUGCAGAGUGCUCUGGCCGCCAUCCGCCAUGCCCGCUGGUUUGAGGAGAACGCCUCCCAAUCUACGGUGAAAGUGCUGAUUCGCCUGCUGAAGGAUCUGAGGGUGCGUUUCCCUGGGUUCGAACCUCUCACCCCCUGGAUCCUGGAUCUACUGGGUCAUUCUGCGGUCAUGAACAACCCCUCCAGACAGCCCCUGUCACUCAAUGUUGCUUACAGACGCUGCCUACAGAUGUUGGCCGCCGGGCUUUUCCUGCCAGGCUCAGUGGGCAUCACUGACCCCUGUGAGAGUGGAAACUUCCGGGUGCACACCGUUAUGACCCUCGAGCAGCAGGACAUGGUUUGUUUCACUGCUCAGACGUUGGUCAGGGUCCUCUCUCAUGGAGGGUACAGGAAGAUCCUGGGCCUGGAGGGUGAUGCCAGCUCCCUGGCUUCGGAAAUGUCCACAUGGGACGGCGUGAUCGUCACACCCUCUGAGAAGGCCUACGAGAAGCCGCCAGAGAGGAAGGAAGAGGAGGAUGAGGCGCUGGAGGAAGGAGGAGAUGUCGAGGAUGAAAGCAUGGAGACACAGGACUGAGGAAGAACCCGGAAAGUGAUGCGCCACCAGUGAGCUGCCAGAGGAUCCUGUGCCACAUCUUUUUAAAUGAACGUUUACCCCUGACCCUUUGGGGACCCUUCACUCGCCCCUUUGUCCUUCAAUGAAGUUCAUGUCCACUAAUGAAUUGACUGCAACGACCUGGACCAAAGUUCUCCCACUGGACGGAGAGACUCGCAUAAACUGUUACUGGUCCCUCAACGCCAUCAACAAAAAAGAAAUUCACGGCCUUUCCAGAAAGGGACGGGUGUUGCGAUCUAUUUGUAUUCCGUGUCUUUGUCUGGUUUUUACUUUGUAGCAGCAAUGAUGACUAAAUUAAACAGCUUUUUU